UUCUUCUCCUCUAGCUGAAAGUCGAUGACUCUCUCAAGCGCCUAUUGCGAUGACUUCCAUCAUUAUUUUACAUCCCAAAACGACGUCUCUCUUCACAUCUCAAGCUUCGCUCUAUAAAUAGGAUUCUGAUUCCUCUCUUCUCACCAACUCCGCAUACACGGCCAUGAACGAAUACGAAGUUGAUUUUUAAGUUCAUCAACCCCUGUGACGGAACACGGCAAGAUGAUGCCUCCCUCCCUCUGAAUUUCUUUAUAACUUUACAUUCUCUUCGGUCCCAGAUAAGCAGCAAUUUCAAUAUCGAUUUUAAUUUACGAACUCGGGCUCAAAGGUCUCAGCCUCUCUGUCCUUUUGCCCAUCAGAUCAACAAAGUUUCAUGUCUGAACUUGAUUCCCAGAUCCCUACUGCCUUCGACCCGUUUGCUGAUGCGAAUGCUGAGGACUCAGGUGCGGGAACAAAGGAGUACAUCCACAUCCAUGUGCAGCAGAGCAAUGGUAGGAAAAGCUUGACAACAGUCCAAGGGUUGAAGAAAGAGUAUAUUUACAGCAAUAUACUUAAGGACCUCAAGAAAGAGUUUUGUUUCAACGGUACAUUGGUUCAUGACUCUGAACUCGGACAGGUUCAUGUUUUUUUUACAGCAAGAUACUUAAUUACCUCAAGAAAGAGUUUUGUUGCAACGGCACAUUGGUUGCAAACACAAUAAUUGCAUAUAAAUAAAUAUAUUAUCAAUUCAAAUA